AUGGCGAUCACCAUUCAUGACUACAUGUUACCAGACGACACCCACAACCUCUACGACGUCAACUUCUUCGGAGACAUCAUCCACACCCUAUUAACUCACGAUCCCACCAUGGUCUCCCAAUGGCUGUCAGAAAUCGAGUCUCUCAACCAUUCCCAAGACCGCCGUCUGAUAAUCGGCCUCGACGUCGAGUGGCGCCCCAACUUCCAACGAAACAUUGAGAAUCCAGUCGCCACCCUCCAGCUCUGUGUCGAUCGGCGCUGUCUAAUCUACCAACUCAUUCAUUCCCCUUCUGUCCCGCCCUCCCUUGUUGACUUCCUGUCCAACCAGAACUACACCUUUGUGGGCAUUGGGAUUAAAGCUGACUUGGAGAAACUUGAAGAGGACUAUGGAUUUGGGUUCAAUGCGAAUGCCGUGGAUUUAAGAAAGCUCGCGGCGGAUACCUAUCGGAUGCAGGAAUUGAAGAAUUCGGGGCUGAAAAAUCUGGCGAGAGUUGUGCUUGGGAAAGAGGUGGACAAGCCGAGCAGAGUGACCAUGAGUAGGUGGGAUUACCGAUGGUUGAAGCCUGAUCAAGUGCAGUAUGCUUGUGUUGAUGCUUUUGUUUCUUUUGAGAUUGGCAGGGUCUUGAAUGCUGCUGGAUAA